AGGGGAGGAGUCUGCGGGCCUGUCUGAAUGGGGGCAGUGGAGAAAGAAAGCCGCGCUGGUGUCAGUGGACCGGGCUCCUCUGUGCCUCUGCUCCUGUGUGGAGUCGUGGAUGUAGAUGCGACCUGUGGCGAGGGAACAGGGACACUGAGCCGCAGCUCGCCCGGAGCCAUGCGCCCGUCGAUCCGUGUGCUUCUGUCCGCGCUGGUGUGGUGCACCAGCGGCGGAGGCUCCGCGGAGCUCACCGCGGAGCUCACCGCGGCCGCGGGACGCUCCCUGCAUGGCGAUGACGGGACCUUUGCAGAGCGGGAUCGCGCGGGACAAGGGCCCUCUGAGGAGCGACCACAACAAGAGCCGGACCCCCCGCCAGGUUCUGCAUUUAACCUGAGGGUGCAGGUUAGCGAUGUGCUGAGUCACCAGUUCCUGAGCCAGGCAGCGGUGGAGGUCUACAUCAACUACACCAGGGCCAACGCCGCUCGCACCGGGGAGGACGGCGCCGUUCUGCUUCACGUACCUUACCGACCCGGACUGCCCAUCGCAGUUGUGGCCGGCAAGGACGGCUACAUUUGCACACUGCUGCCUUGCAGAACCAGCAGGAUGCCAAGUGAGAUGCUCAGAUUAUUUUCAUCAGUGACCAUGCCACUACUUGGUCUAAAUCAAGGAAACAUCUGGCUCUUUGAAGAUUCUAUCCUGAUCACUGGAAAAACAUCUGAUGCUUGGUCGCAGCCUGUUGUCCAGUUUCCCAGGAGCCUGCUGAAUCUGACAGAGGGCAGUAAUGUCACCUCGGUCAAAGCCUUCCUGACCGUUCCCCAGCUGUCGUCAGAGGGUGUCAGCUCUCUCAACACAUUGGGCAUCAUGAGCACUAAAUCAGGUAGAUCAGGGUUUGUCAGCGUGGAGCUGAGCCCGGUGGCGGCUGUCAGCGUGCAGCUUUUCUCAGGAGACACAGAGUUACGUGUGAGCGGGCCCAUCCAGAUCAGCCUCAGUGUUCCUGACAGCUGUGGCCUUCAGAUGUCCAACGUUGUCCCAGCAUGGUUCUUUAACCGGACUACCGGUGGCUGGAUGAGAAAAGGUCUAGGGACGGUGGUGACAGUAAAGGGAAAACUCAUGUGGACAUUCACAGCUCCUCACCUUGGCUACUGGAUCGCAGCACCUUUGUCAUCUACCAGAGGCUUCUUUGGACUUGCCAUUCCCACUGACUUCCUCUUACACCAUUCGUCGCUCCUGAUGGUCGUCCUCGGAGGAGCGCUCGUUAUUGUGAUCUGCCUUCUGGUUGGAUUGUUGUCAUGUCGCAGAAGUUCCCUCAGCGGAAGAGAGACCAAGAGGAUCCUACCAGUGAUGAGAAAAGACCAAACCACCUCCACAUGUGACGAAGAAGUCUUCGAGGUGUAUUCAAGGGACGUCUCUCGACCACAGGAUGGCCUGAACAGGUUUCUCAAAGAACACGGGGACAACCGACACAAGUCCUCCGUUGGUGGCAGCGUAAUAGCCAAUCCCAAUGCUGUGGCUGUGGGCACCGAACUGGACCUUAACACGGAACCUAACGAUGUGGCUUGUUUAUACAAAACUGCAGAGCAGAUGAGAGUUCAGGCGUCUCUGGCUGAGAAUUUGUUUUUCUACAACCAGCCUGUUGCCAUCCUUCAUGCCCCAGCAUUCUUCCAUUUGGAGGAGCAAGAGGAACAGCCCCAGUGGGCCAAGUCAGCCACUCUCCCCCGUGCAGGGGCCUCGAACAGUGCUGCCUCUGAGUCGCUGAGUAAAGACAGCUUCACCCAGACACUGCCAAAAGGUCCGCCUUUGACCCAGAACCAGGAGGUGGAAACGGAUGAUCAGCUGGGAGUUCUGGGGGCCUCCCGGGGAGCGGCCUCCACCAGCACAUCCAGGGCUCACUUCAACCUCCCGGAGUCUGCGUCAGUCCCGGGAACAUUAAAUAAAAUCAGCGACAGCAGGCACUUGGCACCCCAGCCUCCCCGGGCCUGGUUUGUGUCGCUGGAGGGCAAACCUGCCGCCGAGAUCCGUUACGCCGUGUCAGAGCAGCAGAGGAGACGAAGGCCGGCGGAGAGUCGGGAAACCAGUUUGGACUCGGGGGUGGACAUGAGCGAGCUGAACCAGUCGUCUGGACGGAGGGCUGUCACACUGGAGCGCAAUUCUACUUUUGUCAAAAGCGCGUCCAGCAGUAAACACACAGCUCCACAGUAAAGAUCAAAAAAAGCCUUAAUACAGAACCCCGAGUUUAGGAUUUAACAGAUUUAUCAGUUCUGACCAUGACAAAUGUCCUAUUUACAAUUUCUGCCGCCCAGCAGAUCCCACAGUCAAAAUAUUGUACAUGCAGAAAAGCAGCAGCUGUGGUUUGGACAUAACUACCUGCUUUGUAACAAUCUGUUAUCAUCUGUUUAUACUAAAAUAUCUCAAUUUGCUUUCAAGCGCCAAAUAUUAUUUCAUACUAAUGAUUCACAUGGGGUUUUCCAGCUAGUGCAGCUGCUCAAUCUGUCCACCUCCAACAAGACAAAGGCAAACUUUAUUCCCUCAAGGUUAAUGGACAGUGGUUGGCUUGCUUUACAUAUCUGAAUGCUUAUCUUAGUUUAAUAAUGCCUUUUUGAUUAAUAUAUGUGCAUCUGUAGUGUAUUUUGUGCAUGGUUUGGUUUAUUUAUGCCAUGAAGUGAAUAAUUUAAUAAUAUUUUAAUACGAAUACAGCAGUGAAUAAAUGAACUGACAUUUUU